UCCAAAGUUUCUCUGGUGUAGGAGUGACCGCGAAGAGUAUGUUUCAUUUGUUGAUCUUUGUAAUCUUUAUCGGAGUUUUUGGAGUUUUAAUCUUCGAUUUCCUUUCAAGAAAGAAGACGGAGAUCAAUGGAGCUCAUGUGCUGGUAAGGUUUCCCGUUUUUUUUUUCUGGUGGCAAAUUUCGCGCUUCACGUGACAACAGCUAGCCUGCAAUUCUGUUGCUAUUUCUUUAGAUUACUGGCGGAUCAAGUGGUAUUGGAAAAGCGGUGGCCAUUAAGAUGGCUCAGUGUGGAGCUAACGUGACUAUCUUGGCGAGGAAUAUGGUUAGAAUUGCCUGAAUGAUCGUGAUAUAGAGCGGUAACAGUUUAUAAGGUACACCGUAGCCACACUGCGGUGAGGGUUGUAUAAAGAGUAAUCUGCGGGGGUGGGGGUAGGGAAAAAAGCCAAAAUAGCUGACUAAAGAAAGCAUAGCCUGUAACUAAGGUAGUGGGGAAAGCGGAUCGAGGAAAGGUUGCACAGAAACCGCAUGGCAGCUGGGGAGAGAAAACAGAGUAUUGCAGCCAGUAAGCAUUGUUUUCAAUCAACCCAAAUAAAGGUAUAUUGUGCUUAUGGUGCACCCUUUCAGGGGCACCCAACAAGAAUAUAGUUCAAAACCACUUAAACAUAGCAUGGUUAAACGUAUUUUAGUAUUUAAAUGGUAGAUAUACGCAUAUUUUUAUUCCCCCUAUUUUUGUCUGUUCAGAUUUCCUAGCUGAAACUCUAGGGAUCCGAAAAUUAUAGGGAUCAAAACUUACCUUUUCAAAAAAUUCAGCCAGAAAAAGGCUCUCAAAAAUUCUAGGUGACCUUUUUCGGGUAAAAAUCCGCUAAAAAUGGGCAGUUAUAGCAUUCUUUAGAUGUUCGAAAAUCCUAGGAGAGGCAGGCAAACAAGCAAUUUUACAGCAAAAUAAUGUUCUGAAAAUUCUAGAUCUCAAAUCGUCUUCCAAACAGAUAUUUUUCGAAAAUUGACGUUUGGUGCCUCUGACCCUAUUAUUAGUCAUUUGUAGCAGUCAGGGUUCGCACACACCUUGAAAGUCCUCGAAAGUCCUUGAAAGUCCUUGAAAAAUAAUUGCAGUUGGUGCUGAAAAGUCCUUGAAUUGCAGUACUAACUUUAUUCAACCCUUCAGAUUCUCAAGUGGCAAAAAGGAGUAAAUGCAGAAAGACCUUCAAGAUAAAAUUGCUCAUGUUGGGGAAGAACCAAAAAAUACAGACUCAAGGCUCUUUUUUGCACUGAAUGGAGUUCUUGAAAAAUGGGAAAUCUGUCCUUGAAAGUCCUUGAAAAGUCCUUCAACUUUUUCUUCAAAAAAAGGGUAUAUGAACCCUGAAAAGUUUACUUCUUCUCUUACCUUCAUCAUUUGGUUUUCAUGUGCGCAAAGUCUAACAAACACGCAGAGCAUGUGAAACCCUCGUACACUACCGUUUUGAUGCUCUGAUUUUUGACAUUUUGAUACGAGAAAUGGUUUUUGAGGAAGUGGACCAGGUACUGAGUGGAUUGACGCAUUUAAAAAGAUACUCUCCCCUCUCUGUUCCUGCCCUUUUUUGCUUGUUUGCUAUUUCACUGCUUCCUUGUUUUUUUUGCUCGUUUGCACUGACCAAGAGCCUGGUACCAGUUAGUACAAGCACUGAUCGAUGAGGAAAAAAAAAAAUCACUCUUACAUUUGCACUGAAGAUUUUUAUGGCCAUAUAGAAAGUCUACAAAGGAACAGAAAUCUAUUUUGUUGUAGAAGUUUUAAGCAAACAUAGAAGAUAGAUCAGCAAUUAUUGGAUGAGGCUGAUUCUGAUCUGAGGAAUUUAAAUGCAAAUGGAGGAAUAACACCCUUCAAGAACAAGUAAUUCUGACCUUAAAAACAUGUUUACCAGUGCCGUAGCAAGGGGAGGGACGAGGAGAUCCUGGGCUCCCCCCAAAAUUUUGACAGGUACCUUUAAUUUGAUCAGCAGCCACACUCUUCUUCAAGCUUCUCUUCAGUUCAAUGUGUUCAUUUCAGUUCAAUAAAGCAAGAAAAUUAUUUAUUUAUGGCUUCAACAAAGAAAAAUCAAGCGGGUAUUAAACAAAGUACACUUCUUAAAUGCAUGAGACUGAUUUUAGUUUGUUAAAAAUUGCUGGAAAUUAAUGACUUGGAAGGCUGAAAAUGCUAUUUCAGAGACCCUAUAUUUCAUGAACUUCCAGGGGACCAUGCCCCUGGACCCCCCCCCCCCCAGCAGCCCACACCUUUGGUGCUUGUGAUUGUGCCCCCCCCCCAAUAAAUCUAACCUUGCUACGGCACUGUUUACCUUAAUUGAAUUUACAUUACCAUGUUCGUUUGCCCAUUCCUCGGCAAAUUCAGGAAUUUCUAAUCCCCUCCGUAUGGGAGGGAUAAGAAAUUAAAUGUCUUUACUCUGUUUUAGGAUAGACUAGAAGAGACAUUGAAAGAAGUAAGAAAGCAUUUGGCUCCAGAGAGAAAGGUUUGCAACUACUUGUAAAUCACCUCCAGUUUGUCUGUUGGUCUUUGUGUAUGGGUGUUGUUCUGUUGUGGCACAAAAACUAGGGCUGCAAUGCCAGAUACACCAAUGCAUUGGUGAACUGCAAUAUUUCUCCUUAAGAUACAAAUAUAGAUAUUUGAACAAGGUUGUGAUACAUGUAUUAUGACACAAUAAAAUAAUUCUCAUACCUUACUAUAGUCAACUAAAUUGAAGGGAAAUAAAAUUUAAAGAAAGAAUGAAAUUAAAUGACACCAUAUAAUUAUAUAUUGAAGGUAAAAUCUUUUCUUAGGAUAAGAAUUUCCUUUGUCUCAUUUGAGCCAUGAAUAAAUGGCAGUAGGAAAUAAAGGAAAUUCUUAACUUAAUUAUUUUGUGCACUUGAACCUAGACUUACAACAUACACUACUGCUGUAAGUCUUAGUAGCCUUUAUUGUUGUUCUCCUCCAGGUUCUGGCAUUUUCUGUAGACCUCACUGUAGAUGCACAAGAUGUGGAAAACACAAUAGAUCAGGUUUGUUAUAAAAAUUGUGGAUCUUUUUCUUUUUUUGAAGUGUUUUUGAAUAAGAUUGAUUUUACUUUAUAAUCAUAUAGAUUGUUCACUAUUGUACAGUAUUUAUACACUCUAUUGCUCACGAAAGGUUUGAAAUAACUGAAAUGGUUACUCAACUAUCGCGAUGGAAUUUGAGGGAACACACGACAUCUCAAGGCUUUAAACCUGAACAACCAGUGUAGAAGAGGCAAACAUUUUUUAAUAGAUAAUAAGAAAAUGUGGGAGAGCGUAAGUUAUUCUUUUGUGCAAAUGUCGAUGUCACUGUAGCUGAAGAAAGACCAGCCCUAGACACAACUAACAAAAACACUACUGCUUGACAUAUCACUGCCAAAAACAAAUUUAUUGUCAUUAAAUUGACAAAUUGGUGCAGUUUUUGCAGGUACCAAUUUUUUUCCUUCUGAUCACCAAUAGUUACAAAAAUGGUGGCUGAUUGGAGUGCUGUGCUGUAAUUUGAGAUAAUGUCUCAUAGGUUACUGUAAAUCCUCUAGUAAAGCCCCCCUCUCCCCUCUAAAAUAAGCCACCCUCUCUAAUACACCCUCCCUUUUCACUCCCUUUUCAGGGGAAGGAAAUAAUCACACAUUUAUUACAACUCAAACAAGGCCGCUCCACGUGAAGCCGACUACUUGGCAUAAUGUACACGUGACACGUACCACAUGAUCUAUAUUGUGACAUCCCCCUCUUUACAACAAUGCCAAGGGUAAUAGAAAUCUUCAAUAAGCUGCUGCUAAAUCAGAGUUGUAUGAAAACUGUAACAUGCCUUGGUUAUUAGACUUAACUGUAACAAAGAACAAUAGCGUUUAAAUGCUGAGUUCCAUCUGACUUAACUCUGUAAUGGAGAAUAAUAGCGCUUUUUAAAUGUCCAGUUUGACCUAACUUAAAACUGUAAUGCAAAACAAUAGCACUUGUCUAAAUGUUUAGCUUAUCUGGUGGUUUCACUGUCUGCCCAAAUCUGGUCCUGCACCUGCCACUUGUCUCUGGGGGCACCUCGAUCUUUGCAGGAGGUCUAAGCUCUGGACUGUUUCCUGGUGGUUGACCAACUGUACUUGUGGGUGGCUCCAUUUCCCUGAAUGGUGAUGUUGGUCUCGUGACUGCUCUGGGUACUUGAACCGGUGCAGGACUCUGUGCACAGGAACUUGUUGUGUCUGGCCUGAGGUGUGAUCUUGUUCGUCGGUAUACACCUUCUGUGGUGUUAUUUUUGCCGUUGUACGAUUGAGGUUCUCUUGCUUCUCUCAGGAUGGUUCCUGGUUCCCAGGUCUUAAUAUGAUGGUCAAGUAUCCGUACUAGCUGGCCUGGGUGGAGUGGUUUGAGUGUUAGGCCUGCUUUUCGCUUUUUGGUUAUAAAAGUGACGAUAGUGGUCCUGCUGCCUCUUCAACUGCUCCUUAACUUGCCCCGAAUCUGCUGUAAGGCUUUCACGGUUGGACAUUGGUAACAGUAUUCUGAACUUUCUAUUGGUUAGUAGCUCUGCCAGUGACUUCAGGUGGUGGUCAAUAGGUGUGGCUCUGUAUGAUAACAGUGCUGGGUAGGGAUCUCCUCCUUCUUCAUCACACUUAGUCAGUAUGUUCUUUUACUGUCUCUGCUAUGCAUUCAAAGGACCUGUUUGCUUGUGGAUAAUGGGUGGAACUGGUAAAGUGCUCAAUAUCAUAGGAUUCUGUGAAAUCUUUGAAUUCCUUGGAGCUGUACUGUGGUCCGUUGUCGAUGACCAGUUGGGCUGGGAUACCAUGUUCUGCAAAGAUGCUCUUAAGAUGAGUCACUAUUGCCUGUGAGGACAUGCUAGUGAGCUUUGUGAUUACAGGAAACUUGCUGUACUGGUCUGAUAAUAGCAGGUAUUCAUGACCUUUGAAUUCAAACAGGUCAGAGGUCAACCUCUGCCAUGGGUAGCUUGGUGGCUCUGGCUGGACAAUUGGCUGUUUCUGCUGUUAGCGUUGAUGUCUCUGGCAGGGUUCACAUUCCUUGACUAGGUCGAUAACAUCUUUAGUUAGACUGGGCCAGAAGAUGGAUGUGCUAGCUCUUAGCAGGCAUUUUUCUCGGCCUAAGUAUCCUUGAUGGAUAAUACUCAACAUCUCCCUACACAGACUUGAUGGUACAACAAUUCAGUCUGCCUUCAGUAUAAGGCCAUCUUUGAUAGUAAGCUUUUCGCGGAAGCUCCAGUAGUCAUAGAGUGACUCUGGGCAUUUCUCUCUUUCGUCUGCUCAUCCUCUGAAAAUUUUUUCUCUCAAUCCGUUUAGGGUGGGGUCACUGGUAGUCUCCUCCCAGAUGUGUUGCAAUCUUGCUUGUGAUGCAGAGAGCUUGUUUGUGACAUAACAGAUGUCAAGCUGUGGUAGCUGGCUAUUGGCUGCUGCAGGUUGAAGUGAAACUCUCGACAGUGCAUCUGCAAUUGGUACGUCAGUGCCUUUGACAUAAGUGACUUUUACGUUAUACUUAAGUGCUCCCAGUACAAAUCUUUGGAGUUUUGCUGGGCAACUGGAUAGUUCCUUUCUGAAGAUUGCCUCCAGUGGCUUGUGGUCUGUUUGGAUAGUGCACUGUUUACCAUAAAUAAAAUAAUGUAAUCUCUCAAGUUCCCAUACUAGACCUAGUGCUUCACGCUUAAUGUUACUGUAAUUUUCGUGAGUACCUUUGAUGCAUAACACACAGGUUGACCAUUCUGUAGGAGGAUGGCACCAUGGCCCUUCAACGAAGCAUCUGCCUGGAUUACUGUUUCUUCUGCUGGGUCAAAGUACCUCAACACACCAAAAGUAGAUACUUUUUCUUUGACUGCAGAGAAUGCAAGUUCAUACUCCGGGCCCAAUAUGUAGGCUACUUCCUUCUUCAUGAAUACUCGAAGGGGUGCAGCAAUGGUGGCCAGGCGAGCUGAGUACCUUGUAAGAUAGUUGACUAGGCCCAAGAAGCUCUGUAGGCUCUUGACAUCUUUUGGGGGUUGCAUGCUUUGUAUGGCUGCUACCUUGCUGCUGUCUGGCCUCACACCUCCAGGUGCAUCCAAAGAAAUGGACCUCCUUACCUUUGAAUUGCAGCUUCUCUUUACUGAAUACUAUACCUUUCUGUCGGGCGCACUCCAUCAGGCUGGCUAAAUUCUUGCCAUAUUCCUGUUCUGUGGAACCAAUGGUGAAGGUGUCAUCUGCUAUGCCUGUGGCACCACUGAGGCCUUCAAGUGCUGAGUCAAGCUGUUUCUGGGAUAUGUCCUGGGAAACAAUGAGGCCGUAAGGUAGCCUGGUGAAUCGGAACCUUCCAAAGGGAGUACCAAAUGUAGUAAGGUACGAGCUGGGUUCAUCCAGUGGGAGGUGCCAAUAUCCUUUCGUAGCAUCUACUAGGGUGAAGAACUUGGCAUCACUCAACUGGGUCACCACCUCAUCAAUUGUCUUGGUGUAAUGCUGUUCUCUCUUGGUCCAUUUAUUUAGAUCAUGUGGGUCUAGGAAGACUCUCAGCUUUGUGAUUUCUCCCUUAUCGUUAGCUGACUCUUACAGGGCGGUACUGUUUGCCCAGUCUGUGGGUGUGUGACCCUGGAAAUGACACCUAACUCUCACAUCUUGUCAAUCUCUUGUUUAUAGAGCUCUCAUACAAUGUAGGUGGACUGGUACUGACCGUGGAGGGUGGACGAUAGGCUCUGCCCUGGGUUGAAGGGUUAUGUGGUAUGGUGUCAUAUGGAAUUCUCCUAAUCUAUUGAAAUGGUCUUGGAAGUCAGUGAGAAGUUUCUCUUUGGUGAGCGGGAUGUAAGAUAUGUCACCUGACUGGUUGCUGGCUGGAGGAUUGGUUGCUUCUUUGCCCUCCAGUUUCUGUGUACGGUUGCAGUUAAAUUUCACAAGUCCUAAGUCACUGCAAGUUUUACACCCCAACAUUGGUGGGCUAAGGACUUUGGUUACUUCGAAGGUGACUGCCCUUACAUGUCCUUUGUGGUGUACCGGUAUAUACAGCUGACAAGAGCCAGGGUUCUCUACAAUGUCUCCUCCAUAAGCGGUGAUUUUGCACUGGGGUGGACCAAGUUGCCUCUGCCUAGGGUCUGUUACUACUUUCUGAAAAACUUGCAUAGAAAUUAAAUUCAUCUCUGCACCUGUGUCAAUUUUGCAUAUGAUUGGGGUGGUGUGCCUGUGGCAUGGUUUGGCAGUUAACUGCAUUUCAAUCAGUACUUUGGUGUGGUCCUGGUGUGACUGGAUGUUGUCAAUUUCACCUGUUCAAUUGUUUGACUGUGAACAGUGCUCUGCAGUUAAUGUUCCUAACAAGAUAUUUACAUAAGGGUCAUAUUCCCCUUGGUUGCUGCUUUUACCAUGGAGUCUAUUUACACCUAAGGGUUUCACUUUGAAGCACAUAUGUUGUUAGUGUCCAACUUUAUGACAGUUAAAGCACUUUGAAUUGAGUGCUUUACAUUUUUGCUGGUUAUCAUGAGGUGCACCACCACAUCUCCUACACCCAGAUUUGGAUUUGUCAGUCUGUUUUAGGUUCUUUCCCUUUGUGACCUCCUCACCCCUUUCCAGGUUUUCUUUUUGGCUGAGUUUUGCCCUUGCUGAAAUCUUUUUUGUCAAGGAGAUUAACUUGAUUGUAAUUUGUCAUCAUGGCAACUAAUUGCAUCUUUCUGUUACUUCCUCUGUGCGCACGAUGGAUGUUUUUGCUAAAAGAUUCUUCAGUUGGUCACAGGCUUACCUACCACCACAAAAGUUCCAUGUGUUGUACUGAUCUAAUCCAUAAUCACCCAUCCAAAAGAGUAAAUAUUUGCGUUUCUGUUCGUCAGUCCUUGGUUUCAGAGGGCCAUUAAAGAGUAAUUUGCACUUUUGCUUGAAGAGUUUCGGCCUUUGUGCCAAAUUGGGACCCGGAGUCCAAUCAAUUUUUGGUAAUUUGAAGCCAAUUAAGUUGCUCAUUUCUCCUUGCUUUAAUCCAGCUUGUCGCUAAGUCAGUAAAAGGUAUCUUGCAGUUUGUUGCUUGCGAGUCUUAGGACCUUCUAGUCACAUGCCGCUUCUGACAACCACGUUUUACUUUCUUUGCACAUUUAUUACAACUUUAACAUGGCCGCUACAUCAGAGGCCCUCUACUUUAACAGUAUAAUUAAAGUACAUGCGACACGUAACACAUGACCUAUACUGUGACAUCCUCCCCCUUAUUAUUAUUGACCAAUAGAUGAUCGACUUUCAGGGCGGUCACCAAGUUGGCUAAUAUAAAAUACAACAAGUAGGUGGGAAAUCAAACAGCUGGGGAUUUCUUUUGGUUCUAUUUUUCUUCUAUUUUCCUACGAAAAUAGGCGGGGGCAAUGUUCAUUGUAGGUGAGGGGAAAUCCCCAGCCCCUGCCUCUUAAUGACAACCCUGGACUUUAUUAGUAAGUCAUGACUUACACUUUUUGUGGACUGAUCCAGGAAGGUUUAUUCACCAGGUGAAAGUUAGGAUUUGUUUUUGAUCCUCAGUUGUAUGACCUCCAACUUUGCGUACUUGAGCUUUUCUACUUUGCAUUCUAGUUCUUUAUGGAGAACUGAUACCUCUGUCUCUGCAAAAUCAAUUAAGCCCCCGUUGUCUCAAGUGAACCCCCUGUCUCUUUUAAGCUCCCCCCACCCCCUCAAAUGUGUUUGAAAUAAAGAAGCCCCUCCCCCCCCCCCAGGGGACUUAUUAGAGAAUUUAAGGUGAGUAAAUCACUCAGCAAAGUGAUAUUUUUCUAGUAAGGGUGGCACACAUUAGCAACCUUUAGCUUGUGCUGUAAUAUAUUAAUUAAAUGUAAGUUAUAAAUAUUAGGAAGUGUUAUGAUGAUCUUUUGUACUGUACGUGGUGGUACCAAACUAGUGUGACAAAAAGAAAACCUAAACCUUGCCCUGGAGCACUCACAACUGGGUAUAUAAUGUCAUCUUGCAAUCACAUCUUCAACAAUAGAGCAUGUAUUAAUCUUGGCUUUCGUGUGCAGGCUUGUGAGAGCCUUGGUCCUGUGGACAUACUUAUAAACUGUGCCGGUUUUGCAGUUUGUGGUUUGUUUGAAGAAACUACAGUUGAUCAGUUCAAGGUAAAUAUUCAUCUAUUCUAUUGUUAUAGUUUUUUCCUUACCCCAGUUACAGAAAAGUGUAACUUAAUGAAGUGACAUUGAAAACAUGAGCCAACUGGCCAGAGUGGUUUUUCAGGUGAUCAUUUAGUUGGUCAGUCAGUUGGUCAGUCAGUCAGUUGAUCUGUCAGUUGGUCAGUCAGUCAGUCAGUUGGUCAGUCAGUCAGUCAGUCGGUCUGUCAGUUGGUCAGUCACUUAGUCAGUCAGUCAGUCAGUCAGUCUAUCAGUCAGCUUGUCAGUCAGUUGGUCAGUCAGUCAAUCAUUCAUUCACCUAGUCAGGCAGUCAUUUCAUGCAGCUAUGUUAACGAUAAGUAAAAAUAUUAUUGAUCUGACUAAUCAGCUGUCAUUUCAAUCACAGGCCAUGAUAAAUACAAAUUACUUGGCAGGGGUGUACACAAGUCACUCUGUAGUCAAAAGAAUGAAAGAGAGAAGGAAAGGACAUAUUGUCUUUGUCUCAUCUAUAGGAGGCCAGGUAUUAUUUUAAUAGAACUAUGUACAUUUUUGUUAUUUUGUCAGCCCUGCAGCUAAACUUUCAUUCAGAUUAAAUCAUCUCAAGGUUUUCAGCCAGUCUAUAUUCUAGCCUUCUCUGCAGGCUUCAUUGUCCUGUUUGAGACAACAAGUAGGACGGGGAGAGAUUGAACUGGUCGCGGUCAGUGUUACUGUUACAAUAGAAAUUGCCUGCGUAGGAGGCUACAUUGUAUCUAUUAAUAUUUGGGAUUGCUACUUUCAUAGUGUUAACUAUUUAGCAAAAUUACCAAGUGUGACUAAGUUAACAUAAAAAGGACAGAUCUGUGUUGAGAGGCCAGAAGUUAAUAAAAUAAUUAUACUUUCAUGUCUUUAACAGUAAUCUGUUUUAUAUGAUCCAACAAACAUCAUUACAAUGUAGUACAUUGAGUAAUGUACAUGAUGUACAUUAUUUUCUUUAUUCUUGCAUCACAAUAUUCCAUUGCACCAUUGUUUACCAGGGACUGCCUGUUCCCAAAGAUGUUGGAAUUUAACAUCUAUUAAUGCCAUUUUUUGUAGUUUGGUAUAUUUGGAUUUAGUGCUUAUGCCGCUUCAAAGUUUGCUGUAAGAGGUUUCGCUGAAACUCUCUUCAUGGAGGUAUUAAACUUUUUUAUAGUUUCCAUAAUGUGCAAUUUCAACAAUCAUGAUCAUCUUUUUGACUAAGUACUGUUUUCAGAAUCCUUCAGAGUCUUGCUUUCUUGUGAAAUUAUGGCUUUAGUUAUUGAAACCUCACUGGGAUUACCAUAUUUAACUAUGAUUUCAAAAGAAAAACAGGUGGAUUCUGGUAGUAGUUGUAAAAUGAUGCCAUUGUGCGAAUGGCCCAAUAUUGUUACACUGUUUGAAUCAACGUGGAUUGUUUUGUUCUUUUGGCCCUCUAUGAUGGUGAAAUUUUCAGGCAAGUUGGGUUUUUUGGUAUACCUUGAUGCAGGUGAUGAGCGGAUAAGAGUCUGAAUACUCUUGUAAAAGGAAAAGGAAAACAAUUUAACAUUUAUUAGAAUAAGCAGUUUCAUUGAUUAACAUGUAUAUUAUCUCACCAUUGCCGUUUAGGGGAUUUUGGGGAUUUUGUCUGGCUACCAUAAAAUGUCGCUAAGCAGCUUUUUUUUGAUGAAACAGAAUUAGUAUGAAUUACAUGCUUGUCCCAUGUUUAUGGAGCUACUAGCCUUUCUCUAUGCACGCUUUAAACUGCAGUUCAGAACAGAGAGACAGUAUUUGCAGUAUUUUUGAGCAGGAGGCAGGGCAACAGGGGUGCAUUGGUUGGGUAUAACACUGGCUUGUAGCAGAAUUUCAACUCAAUCAAGUCCACCUCUGUGUGCAUGUUUUUUGGUACAGUAGUGAUUGAUUAGAUGCUAUCAUUCUUUGACCAAAGGGUUAUUGAAAGCAUUUUAAUGUUCCUCUGUCAAUUUCAGGUGAAACCAUAUAACAUUGGGGUCUCUGUGGUCUUUCCUCCAGACACAGACACACCAGGAUUUGAAAAUGAGAACAAAGGCAAGGUGAGAAGAAAAUUAAUUUCAUUUCAUUAUCUGAAUGUCGAUUGAGGGCAGCCCUUUUUGUGCAUAUUAUGUGAGCUAACCCUCUAAAUAAGCCUGAAUAGAAAAGAGAAGUGUGAUGUCGUGUUACUAUGGUAGUAGCCUGCGUAGCAAGCGUUUCCAAUCGAGUUAUUGCGCGAAAGUUAGAGCUUUCCCCUCCCCCUUCCCCGUCAUUCAUUUUUUUUUUCGCUCUUGUCCCAGCUUUCUAGACGAACCUCGCAAGGAAGCGCUUGCUACGCAGGCUACUAUGGUAGCAACAUUUCUGGAUCACAACAGUGGGGAGAAAGACGGCGACGACAACGAGAACGGCAAAAAAGCAAUCGGUUUAUAUUAGGGAGCUUAAGCAGCAACGUUUUUGAGCGACGCACGUCAACCGGAAGUGAGGUAUUUUCCCUCUUAACAUGCCUUGAUGAUAUAAAAUUUGUAUUCCUUAGCUUCUUUACUGUUGUAGAGGCGAUUUGACUGAAAAUUUGCGCGAAACCACCGUCAAAAAAAUGAAAAAAGGCCACUUCCGGUUGACGUGCGUGGCUCAAAAACGUUGUUGCUUAAGCUCCCUAUUAACAAAACAACAACUUUGCCCAUGCAUCACACUUUUUUUUAUAUUUCUUAGCCAUCAUUGCAAGUCUGCGACAUGAAACUUCCUAAUUUGACGCGCCCGCUUUAUGGAGUUGGUGAUCCUUUGGAUUCAACCCCAGACAAUUUUACCAAGAUUUUACGAAUUGAAUGAAAUUGAGUAAGAUCGUUGAAGUUUGAAACUGUGCGAAUUCAGUUUUUAAGUGACGUUUUUGGUUUGUUGUUAUCCAGAAAUUUCGCUACCGUGGUAACGUGACGUAACGACUUCUCUAUAUUGAUUUUCCAAAAAAAAAGUAGUCAAGCAUAUCAGAGGAUUUGCAUUUAACCGUUACACUGCGCAUCGUUGAUUUCCUAGUUAAUUCUAGAACUGUAUCUUGUGUUUAUGAAACCACUUCAUUCCCUUUACAAAACCGGCAGCCUUGAUAUAUUUCAUUAAUCAUCUCAUUAUGAUUGGUUAUCACCCUUUCAGUUAAGUUCUAGUUAAACACGGUUAACUACAAAAACGUUUUUGCCUGUAAUGUCUAAAUACAUGCAAACAGUAUCACCUGCAUGCUUAAUUAAGUUACUAUGCAUGCACCAAUUGCACCAUGACAUUUGUCCAAUUAAUUGUGUUUAAACUCAUCGAUGCAGCUAGCCUGAGAAAACAGCCCACAUUUCGCGACACCACCGGUGGUUUGCCCGCGAAAUGACGUCUGAGAAAACAGCGCAGAAAUUCCAUACUGAUGACGCGCACUAGCCAGAUCUGAGAUAAGCUUCUAAUUGGUUGCAAAUUUGCUUCAUCUAAUCGGAAGCAGUACUCAGAUUUCAGUACAUAAUGGAAUUUCUGCGCUCGUUUCUCAGACAUCAUUUCGCGGUGAAACCACCGGUAGCGUCGUGAAAUGUCGACUGUUUUCUCACGCUACAAUCCAGCAAGUGUCUUGAAACUGUGUAAAAUAUUAUGCAAUAUUUUACAAAGAAAAUACAUCUUUUUUUUUUUGCCGGUCACAGUCCCUGCUUCCUCUUUUACCUAUUUUCUGUACGGCGUCUUUCCGGGCCUUCUCGGUCAACGCAUUUUGGCGACGUGGACGUGACAAACUGCGGGGAAACAAACUCGCUCAAUCCACGUGACCCAAAACGCAUACUUGUAGGCCGCAUGGAAUGAAGAGGCCUACUAGGCAACUUCCUCUUAUUACGCUUGACUACUAUACUUUUUUUCUUAUCCUUCUUUAGCCAGAAGAAACUCAUUUAAUCAGUAGUUCAGGUGGGCUGUUUACCCCCGAUCAAGUAGCAGCCAUCAUGGUGGCAGGAAUCAAGGUAUUUUCAAUCAUAUCCAUGAUUUUUUAAGCGCUAAACAGUGUAGCGAAAAUGCGAUUGACUGGUAAAUAGGCUUUGUUUGUUUAACAUUUCAGAACAGGAAAUUCUUGAUAUCUUGUGGCUUUGAUGGAUUUGCCGUGAAGACUUUAACGUGCGGCUUAGCGCCGGCCUCUUCAUUGUUUGAACUUCUUGUUCAAGUAUGUUAUCCUUUGCAAAUAUAUAUAUACUUCCCCGUAAUACAGAUCAAGUUUACUUGUAUUAAAGUUAAGGUUAUAUAAUAAAAGUACCCUUCCCCAUUCUCAACAAUAGAGAGCUUAAGCAACAAUAUCGGCGACGGCAACGAAAACAAACGCAGCAAAUAGUAAAACAGCUACUUUGCACGUGCCACGCUUCUGUGUACAUUUCUUUGCCGUCGUUGCACGGGUGCGACGUGAAACUUGCUAGUUUCACGUUUCACGGAGAACAUGAACGAAGACAACGAUGUUCUUUCUUCUUCUUGUCUUAAGAUCAGUUUUUCCGCGUCCAAAACGGUUUUCCUUCUCUACUAUGAAUUCGGCAAAUGAGUUGGCAUCCAUUUGUUUCUAUCCCGUAAGCAUUUUCUGGUUCGUCAGUUUCCGAUUUUUUGUCAAGUUACAAACGAAAAAUUAAACCCAGUAAUAUGUGACGAUCCACUGUCAAGAUCGACGCGGCGAAGCUUCGCUGUGUUACAGAACUCGCGCCGAAAAGCACCUUUCUCGUGUGUGAACAAAAGCCCUGUUCGCGGGUGUUCGGCCUGGUUUUCAUAAAAAAAAAUAAGAGUUAUCCGUUUAAAGGGUUAUAGCAUGAACAUAGCAAAAUCAAACUUAAAAAUGUACACAGAACCAGGGUUUCUUUUUAAACUAGCCCCUUUGUUAGCCUGAGAAAGCAGCCGACAUUUGGCAACGCCAUCACAGGUCCCCGCGAAAUGACGUCUGAGCAACGACUGCAGCAAUUCCGUACUGCAUGGUGACGUUCACUAUCCAGACCUGUGUGAUGCUGCUGAUUGGUCGCAUUGCGAGAGAAAUUUGUUUUAACCAAUCAGAAGCACUACCCAGAUCUGGGUAGUGACGCGUCAUCAUUCGUGGGGAAACCAGUGCUGGCCUCGCGAAAUGUCAGCCGGUUAUGGCUACCUCUUGGUCUUCAUGAAAUUUCAUAGACUGGAAACGUAAACCUUAAACAGAAAAAAAGCACCUUAUUUGAGUGUCAAUUUAUUUGGCACGGAACUACUAAUUGGGGACUCUAUUUUUACGUCUCUAACUGAAUUCGGGGCCGCCAUUUUACGUAGUCAUCCGAGCCACGCGAAGGUCUAGCCGCUUGCGGGACAAAGGAAGCAUCUUCAUUUCUCACUUAUUUUAAGGGACUGUGCAUUAAUUACCUGGAGGAGGGGGGGGGGGGGGUUGGAAAAUUAUUUGGGGAUAGGAGAAAAUGACAAUAAGGGAGGGGGGUGCUGGAUGUGAAAUUUAAUACAUACGGGGGGGGGGCAUUACUUUUUCAUUACUUUUUGGAAACUGGAAAAGUAGUGGAAGAGUUAUUAGAGUUCAAAUAUAAAUACUAGCAUUGGAAUAAAACUGACAAAUUGCAGUAGAAAAGGAAUGCCACUGUUAUAUAUGUUAAAACAGUGCUACUUUAUUUAGAGUCAUUUGAAGUGAUGUUUGUGCUGGAGGAAGAAAUCCAACAAGUAAACUACGUAUGAGGGAAUCGAUGGAAGGAGACUUUUUUCAAGGGGGGGAGGUUAGCCUUAAUAUUAUCAUUAGGUGAGGGGGGUGGGGGUUGAAACUAAUUUUUGCUUAAUGAGAGAGGGUAUGACUUAGAUUUGGGGCAUAUUUCACCCAUUUUCCAACCCCACCCCCUCCAGGUAAUUAUCGCACAGUCCCUAAGACCCUGAGUAUUGGUCCGACCCCGGGAAUUGAACCCGCGACGUCCCGCUCUGCUGUCAAGCGUUCUACUGACUAAGCUAACCCUGCUGCGUAGACUGCAUGAUAUAUAACGUUUUUUGUUUUGUUCUGUAUAGGUUGCUUUGAUGGGGCCUUUAAGACUCGUUUUAGCCUUCUACCUUUAUCAUUAUGAUCGCAUUGUACUUAAUGGAAUGCGGAAGAGAGAAGCAAGCAAGAAAAAAAAUUAAUUGAAAACUGUUUUCAUGGUGUUCAUUCAGGUGUCUAGCAAUUUUUGUGGAACAAUGGUAUUGUUAUUUGUUGAUACUGUCGCCAAAUAGUUAUUUAAUUUUUUCUCUUGGUUUUGAAAUAAAGUUGUAUGAAUUGUUACUAAC